GUCGUCGUCGCCGUCGUCGUCGUACCACCCUCAACCAAAGCGAGCCGAAGAGAGCCAAAGAGGGGAGCCCGGAAGAGCAGGAAGGACAGGAAUGUCGCGCGUGCCCCGAAAGAGCGAAAGGGAGUUGGUGGUGACAACUUCGAGGAGGACUGCAAUUGAGGCAAGCAGUUUCCCACAGCACAAACCGACGGGCACCAAGGCCCACCAGCAACCCCUGAGAGCAUACUGAAGGCUAGAACUCAAAGCAACGCCCUGCCUCGCGCUCCUCCCCCCGGAAAGUGUAUACCCACGAAAUAGCAGUCAUGGCCACACCAAUGGAGACAGACGACCCUAUCCCCACAGACCCCGCUGCUCAGCCGUCCAAGAUCGUUAGCGAGACGCCUUCUGCUUCCGGGCUUCUUAUCACCUUGCAUCCGCUAGUCAUCUUGAAUGCAUCAGAUCACUGGACGAGAGUCAAGAUGCAGAGCGAAGGGAACGCGAAUCCGCAAGUCAUUGGAGCGCUGAUGGGCAUACAAACGGGGCGAGAAAUCGAAAUCAUGGACUCGUUUGAGAUCCCAAUCACACAGAUAGCGGAUGACAGCCCAGGGCCGGUCCUGGAUGCUGCCUUCUUGAUUGACAAACUUGAGAAAUUCAAACAGGUCUUCCCCCGCUACGACCUCCUCGGCUGGUACUCCACCGGCCGCACCCCCACCUCCACCGAGCUCCACCUGCACCAACAAAUGAUCGACCAUAACGAAUCGCCCCUCUUCAUGCAACUCAACCCGCUCAUCCCCCCUCACGCGAAAGACUUCCCGAUCAGCAUCUACGAAUCGGUGAUUGAUCUGGUCGGCGGGCAGGCGCAGCUGCUGUUUUUGCCGUCGCAGUAUAAGAUUGAGACGGGAGAGGCGGAGCGGAUUGCGGUGGAUCAUGUGGCGCAUGCGACGAAUGACGGGGCGGAGGCGGGGAGUGGGUUGAUCGCCCAGCUAACAGGCCAACGCAACGCUAUCAAGAUGCUGCACUCACGGAUAAGCCUGCUCCACAAAUACGUCGCGGAUGUCGAGCAAGGAAGACUCCCCCGCGACCACAACAUCAUGCGCCAAAUCGGAAGCCUCUGCAACCGGCUGCCGACGAUCGACAGCCCGGAUUUCAGGGAGGAGUUCUUGGUGAGCUACAACGACGUCCUCCUAAUGACCUACCUCGCGACCGUAACAAAAGGCGCCAAUGCCGUGUCUGAGCUGGUGGACAAGUUCAACGUGGUCGGCAGCAAACGCGCGACUGGCACGUUUCCGAGGGGUGGGGUGGCGUAUAUGUGAUGGGUGGGUGCGUUUGGGCGGUAUAUACCACGCGACGGUGAACAUUGCCAGCGAGCCCCUCCACCAACACACCGGCCCCGUUUGUCUGUGUCGGCAUGAACCCUUACCGCAACCACGAGCGAGGCCGGCACCGGGGUGCCUACUACACAUACGCACAUGCUCAUCCGCACGGAUCAUCACACAAAGGCACGAGGUUGUUCCUUUCAGAAACCACACAUCGAAAACGGAUAACGCAGAAAGAUUGUACAUUUUGGCAAGGCAGAAAAGCUCAAGGCGGGGACGUAAGCAGCGGGCAGCC